GAUUUUCACCGUGCGCAGCUCCGUCGAGCGCAGUGAGAAAAAGAUGCUGGAUCCUGAAGUCCGGGUUUAAAGAUCUAGCCGCAGGGUUCCGUUGCAGUGGAUUUCUGAGUGAUGAAUCAGAGCAGAUAGCUCAUCAUGAGGAAGUUAACCGACUAUCUUCUCCCUACUUCAAAAAAUAUGAUACUUGAAUGUGGACAAACUAUUGAUCAAAGUCUUGGAAAAGAGCUAGAAAAUCUGAUUAUAGUUCAGUUAAAUGGACUGUAUCUAAAGAAUGUGGAACAUUUGCAGUAUUGUUUUUCACUUAAAAUAUGCAUCCUGUCAAAUAAUUUCAUUACAAAUAUUGAUUCACUUGUGUGUUGUCCUCAUUUAGUUGAACUGGAUCUCCAUGGAAAUCAGAUACAGCAUCUACCAGGUCCAGUGUUUUGGGAAGGCAUGAAGGAAUUAAAUCUACUGUAUCUUCACGAUAAUGGAAUUGGAGAACUGGAUGAUGUGCAUGCAUUAUCUUGCUGUCCUAAUCUGAUAGGCCUCACCUUGUUUGACACUCCACUGAGCCUGAAAAUAGCCUAUAGGCAUAGUGUUGUUAACAGCAUUUUCUCUCUCAAAGCAUUGGAUUACUAUGUAAUUUCUGAUGAGGAAAUUAUUGAGGGAUGGAAACUUCCUGAAAGAUAUAAAUCAUUUUGCCACUGUCUUUUCCUUGAUUUCUGCCCUGUUGCUAGAAAGGAAGGAAAUGCUGAAGAGGCAUUAAGUCGGGUAAAAGAUGUCAUUUCAAAAAUCAAUCGUGUUUUAGCACACCAUUCACCGAUCAUAAUUGUUCAAAGAUGGAUAAGAGGAUAUUUAACUAGAAGAAGACUUGGUAGAAUUCAUCUGCAUGAAGUUCCACUGCAGACACACUACAAAGAUGAAGAUAAACAAAUUCGUAGUCAAAGAACAUCUGCAGUGUGUGGUAGUAGAAGCUUUAUGUAUCACAUUGUUAAACCAGGACAGAACGCUAAGGAUGAGAAGCAUUCAUCUGAGAAACAAAAAACAAAAAGCAGCAUAUCCUUUGCAGAGGACAUGGAAAUGCGUAUUACAGUUGAUCUGGAAAAAUUACAUGACAGAGCUACAAAGGUCUUAUAUAUGAAUGAUUUUAAAGAACUUCCUGGAUUAUGUUUUGGAAGAGAAAGACAGCUAAUUACCUCUACUUUGCCUAUAUUGCGAAAAGAAACAGAAAAGAUUAAUGUCAGACAAGAAGGAUCUCCACGGAGGAAGGGUCCCCUGAAAAUGGAAACCACUGAUAGGAAGAAACAAACAGCAAUGAAAUUUAGCCCUUUUACUUCUAAAAAACCUUUUUAUGCAGCUGAUAAGCUGACAUCAUUUCAAGAUAAACUGGCCACCUGGUGUGAUCUACAACAAUGUCAUUUUCACAGUCAUUCUGCUCCACAGCAUAAUGCCAGACACCAUCCAGUUAGCUUAGAAAGGAGGGGUUUUGCUAGAACGUAUGGAUCUAUGAAGUUUUGCCCAUUUUAUGUAAUUGAUAAAGUCUACUCAGACAAUGAACAACAUGGUAGCCAAGCUCAAAAGCUGCAUAAGGUUACACAAAUGCAAAUUGACAAAGAGAAAGGUAGCCAUUAUAUUCAAGAGUUUCUUGAAGAGAAGCAGCACAGUAUUCAGAAAAAAUGUGAAGAAGAGGGCCUGAGAACUCAAAAAGCUUUACAACAGCAGCAGAAGAAAAGAUCAAGAUUUAUUGAAAAUGUGAGGCAAAGGCAUACUCAGUUCUUAGAAAGCAAGAAACAAAAAGCAUUUGAGUAUUCAUUAGGUCAAGACUUCAAUGCUCGACAUACUGCUUUGACACAGGGUUUGUUAAAACUUGACAGAUGGAGGAAAAUUGAUGAUGGCAUAAAGGAAAGACAAAGAAUUGUUGAGGAAAGUAGGGAACAAAUGAAGAAAUCCAAGCAGCUGAUUAAAAAUUUUCAGGAUCAGAGGCAACAGAGGAUACAAAAAGAGAACUUGGCAGAAAAAACAGUCAUGAACUCUGUUGUUUCACAAAAGGCUAAUGAAAGAUUGCAGGAGGCAAAGGCAAAUGUUGAAAGAGUGAAGGAACAUCGAACCAAAAUUGAAUGUCUAUCCAAGGUACCUGUGCUUCCAGCACAAGACAUAUAAAUCAUCUCUGAGGGCUCAAAUGUUACAAUAGUCACACUGUGAAUAUUUAUGAGAAUGCAAAAGUUUGAUGUCACUUCUGUAAUUCGAAUUGAGCUCUCACAUAGGCACAAUGAAAAGAGAUAAUACGUCUUAGAAACACUUAUUAGAAAUGAUAAAACUGUGAUAUUAUACUCCCUUCUCAUAUUUGCUCAGUUAAAAAAAUUAAAUGUUGUUAGCCACCACAUGUAGUCUCUGAUUUUAUUCAAAUAUUUCUUUAGUACUGCCAAAAUAAAUAACUGGUAUUUCGGAUUGAAUUGUGUGGCUUUAAACAUUUACAUUUAUAAAAUAAGUAUUGCAAAUCUAUGAAGUUAUAUGUCCCUUUUUGUAAGACUAGAGUAUUAGUACUUCAUAAUAACUGGAUGAAAUGCCUACGUUGUUAAGGUAAUUAAAUGACAAUUAAAAUUCUGACUUCAGUUAUUUGUAGCAGAUAUGUGGAAGCUUUGGCUCAGUAACUGUAUACAUACCAUACCGUAUGCCAUUAGCUCUACAGGAAUGUAUUUGUACUUCCUCUCUGGUAACUUCUCGUACACUAAUUUUGUCCUAGCUGCUGACUUUCCAUAGCACAUUUUGUACUUGGAUUAGUUUCAUUUUCUAUUUUCAUACAUACAGUUAAUUAUGCUUCUAGUUUAUUUUGCAUAAUUUUUUUGUGCAUCUGUAUUACUGCAGAAAUCUACAAGCGCUGUAUUGGUAGCCAAAUAUCUACAUUUGGUAUAUAUGCUCAGACCCAGACUGACAGCUUUCCUUCACUGUUUUCUGUUUCCAGCUCUUCUUCUAUUUUGGCUUUUAUUUUGUCUUAUAGUAUGUGUUAUAAUACAGUCUUUCUGUAAUUGUCUGUAGUGUGCAAAUAUCUGGAAUCCAUUCUUUCUGUAUUUUAAGUCAAGUGUGUAGAGACAUAAGUUUAGUGGCAUGUUACAGUAGAGGGUUUUGCUUUUGGUCUGAUAAUGAGACGUGCUAAAGGAACCAUUUACACUGAGAUGUCAGGAUGGCUUUUAAAAGUUCAUUGGUGAUGACAUUUUAAGUGUGAAAAGGUGUAUUUAAAAUGUCGUGUCACCUAUGUAUUUUAAGUCCAGUUCUGCGAAAGUGUAUGUGAGACAUUUAAGAGAGUUCUGUACAGCUGCUUGCAGCAUGAAUAAAAUUAUUAAUGU